AUGGCGGCGGCGGUGGCGAUGACGGCGGCGGGCUAUGGAGGGGCUGGGGCAGCUCGCUCCCUCUCCCGUUUCCGAGGGUGCCUCGCUGGCGCGCUGCUCGGGGACUGCGUGGGUUCCUUCUAUGAGGCGCACGACACUGUCAGCCUGACGUCAGUCCUGCGUCACGUGCAGAGCCUGGAGCCGGACCCCGGCACGCCGGGCAGCGCGCGGACAGAAGUAUUAUACUACACAGAUGACACAGCCAUGGCCAGGGCUCUGGUGCAGUCCCUGCUGGCCAAGGAGGCCUUCGACGAGGUGGACAUGGCUCACAGGUUUGCUCAGGAGUAUAACAAGGACCCUGACAGGGGUUACGGUGCUGGAGUUGUCACUGUCUUCAAGAAGCUCCUGAGCCCCAAGUGCUGCGAUGUCUAUGAGCCCGCCCGGGCCCAGUUUAAUGGGAAAGGCUCCUACGGCAACGGGGGUGCCAUGCGGGUAGCUGGCAUCUCCCUGGCCUAUAGCAGUGUCCAGGAUGUACAGAAGUUUGCCCGGCUUUCUGCCCAGCUGACUCAUGCCUCCUCCCUGGGUUACAACGGUGCCAUCCUGCAGGCCCUGGCCGUGCACCUGGCUUUGCAGGGUGAAUUGUCCACUGAACACUUCCUCAAGCAGCUCCUGGGCCACAUGGAAGAGUUGGAAAGUGAUGCCCAGUCCCUCUCGGAUGCCAGGGAGUUGGGCAUGGAGGAGCGUCCAUACUCCAGUCGGCUGAAGAAGAUUGGAGAGCUUCUCGAGCAGCACUCUGUGACCAGGGAGGAAGUAGUGGCAGAGCUUGGAAAUGGCAUUGCUGCCUUUGAGUCUGUGCCCACCGCCAUCUACUGCUUCCUGCGUUGCAUGGAGCCUGACCCUGAGAUCCCCUCCACCUUCAAUAACCUCCAAAGGACUCUCAUCUAUUCCAUUUCACUUGGUGGGGACACAGACACCAUUGCCACUAUGGCUGGGGCCAUUGCUGGGGCCUAUUAUGGGAUGGAACAGGUGGCAGAGAGCUGGCAGCAAAGCUGUGAGGGCUAUGAGGAGACAGACAUCCUGGCCCAGAGUCUGCAUCGGCUCUUCCAGAAGAGCCUGUGA